AUGCCCCUGCCCAAAUGCCUCUACACCCUCCUCCUUUCCCACCAUUUCUCCGCUGCAACCGCCGCCGCCGCCUCCGCCGCCGCAAGGCUCCCGAAGCUCCCCAACGUCCCCCCAAGGUACAAGUCCGAAACCAUCAGCCAAGCUCAGCAGGUCCUCACCGACUACCUCCACGCCACCCGCUGCUUGUCCUUCCCCUCCGCCGAGCACAUCAGCAGAAACUCCCUCUUCUCCCUAGCCAAUCUCAUCAAGCAGAUCAAAUUUUCGGCCCCGAAUUUCUCCAACCGCUUCGAGAGGUUCCUCAGGUACCACCCCAUCAACGAAUUUGAGUUUUUCUUUGAAAGCAUUGGCAUACAUUACAGUCAAGUUUGUGACUUUUUGCCUCCCGACAAGUACUUUUUCUCUGAGGAUCCGACCCUUUUGGAUGUUGCUUCGCUACUUUCCGGGUUUGGGUUUCCUUGGAAUAUGUUAGGGAAGUUGUAUGAGGAGGAGAUUUCGAUUUUUAGUGAGAGUUCAGAGGUGUUGAAAGCUAGGCUUACUAGGUUGAAGAAAUGUGGGUUCAGCAACCAUUCUGUUGUGGGUAUGUGCUUGGCUUUCCCUCAUUUGCUGCUGCUGGAGGGCGAGCCGGGCGGUGAUACUGCGGAUUUGCUCGUUGAUUUGAAAAGGGUUCUUGUGGAUUUUAAUUUGGAAAAUUGUGUUGAGGGAAAUGUGGAUGCUUGGUAUGGUGUUUGUAAGAAAGUUAGUGUGUUUUACGAUUUGGGUUGCAAGAAAGGGAAGGUAGGGGAAUUGAUGGGGAGGAAGAAAGACAUUUUUCUUGAAUGCCCGGAAGAGGUUUUGUUGCAGAAAUCAAACUACUUUCAUAAAUUUGGUGUUAGGAUGGAACAUGUCGGGAUGCUGCUUCUUCAAAGUCCGGAGGUUUUAAACCUUGACCUGGAAACGCCGGAGAUAUCAGCAUUGGGGUUGCUGAAACAUUUUGGAUUGAACGCGAAAGAAUUGGAGGCGGUGAGUGAAAAGUACCCUCAUGUGAUGGGAAAGAAUAGAAUGGCUAAUUUACCACAUUUGGUAAGGGCUCUGGAUCUUCAUCAAUGGUUCUUCACUAAGAUUAAGAAUGAACAUAACUUAUUAGCUAAUUACGUAAUCAGUGACUUUGAUGAAGGCAUUGCGAAAGAAUUUAGUGAAGGAUUGGAGAGGAUCCAAUCUACGACGACUCCCAUUCAUACCAUGGGAAAACUGGAUUUCAUGCAUAGAAUUGGAUUUGGAGAGAACCCUUUGACGCUAAUGUGCUUAUCCCAGUUGCAUGGCAGAAGCAGCGAGUUACAAAAGCGGUUUGAUAUCCUUCUUUCGACGGGCAUUGAAUUCUCACGGCUUUGUUUAAUGAUAAGAAUGAAACCGAAGAUCUUGAAUCAGAGUCCAGAAUUUCUAGAAGCGAAAGUAAGCUUUCUUAGUGAGGAAAUGAAAUCUUCUUUGGAGUACCUCAAUAUUUUUCCAUCAUUUCUUUGUUUCAACUUGGAGAACCGGAUCAUGCCCAGAUAUAGAUUUUAUGUGUGGCUCAAAGAGAAGAAGGGUUUGCAUUUUGAAAGCUACUCUAUUGCCACCAUGAUUGCUACCAGUGAGAAGACAUUUGUAGCGCGGGUUUCUGGAAUUCAUCCAGCUGCUCCGAAACACUGGUUCGAGCGUUUCUCGUACAGAAAAUAUUUAGGUACUUGGAGACAUCUGUGA